UGAAUCUCUGGAACACAAAACACAACCCUGGCAAGGUUGAUUCUUGAAUUGUUCGUCAUUUUUACAAUUGUCCAUUUUUGCUAUAUUAAUAUUUAGAAUAAUUUAAGUUAUAAUCUAUUUACAAAUUUAUAUUUUAAUUAUAUAUUCUAUACUUCCAUUUAUUAAGAAUUAUGGGUCACGGUUUCGGACAACUUUACAAGUUAAGACGAAUAAUUACUUAUAGAUUAUCGCCUUACGAACUUAAAGCAUUUGCAGGAGUUGUUUCCCACGGAUUCCCCAAUACUCUCCGUAGACUUCUAGAAAACGUUCCCUAUAUGGUACCACCAAUAGCUUUAGGGUAUGUAACAUAUGAACAACUUGAGAAGGAACAUGAGAGGCUCAUGAGAAAAAACCCUGCAGAUUUUGAAAAUGAUAAGUAAUUUUAUUUAUUGUUAUUAGUGCUCUUAGUAAAAAUAUGUAUACUUAUUGUAUUUAAACGAAAAAUAUAAAUAAGAAAAAACAAA